CUUGGAUUCCUUUUGAUCUGGGUAUAUUAUUUACCUGCUUCCUCUUCUACUUCUGUUUUUUCUCAGCUUUUUCUCUUUACAAAAUCUAUACCGACAAUUGCAAAACCAUCCUAUUCCUGUCGUCCUCUUCUCCUCGCGCCUCUUACACCCGUUGACACUGCCAUAUCAGACAGUUAACCGCCGCCAGAUAUCUGUAGUGGAAGACUUCAUCAUGUUUUGAUUUCACUUUUACACGGAUUUGACACGUGUUGGAGCCAACCAUUCAAUUACAAGAUGACAUCUUCGACUACUUCAUCAACCAUAUCGCACAGUGUGCCGGCCCUGCCGUUCGCAAGUAAACUAAGUGAACAAUUAUCGCAACGGAAGGAACAAUGUGAAUCGGCGACCGAUACGGAAUCUUCAGGGAAGUCUACUUCACUUGGACCGCCAUUGCGCCCUUCACCCAAGUCACGGUCUUUAUCCGACGCGCCAAAACCUACAUCUGCACGUUCCAACUCCGAAGAAGAGCGGCCAUCGAGCAAAGAUGACAACUCCCUUUCAUCUCUCCCAGAAACGCCCCGCCGACCUUCUAUGCAUGGCUUUCCAUUAACUUUUCAUUCGAAACCUUCCGGACCCUCGUCCUUAUCGAGCCGUGCUCCUCUCUCCCCAAAGCUUGACUCGUCUCACAUCUACGGCUCUCCGGGCUCCGUUCUUCCUCGGCGCUCUCGUGGCCUCGACUUCUCUCGCGCAUGUACUAAUCUUCAUCACUCUACUCUUGCCGAGUCAUCACCGGACUCCUCACCGACCAUUGGUGGACGAGGAAUGACAAUCCCCCAACGCCGUGGUUCGAUUGGGUCAACGUCAGUACCCCCAUUUUCUACGUCCGGGCCAGCGGAUAGGACGGCCAUUUCAAGCUCUGUAUCUAGCGUGAACAUGAUGGAAUCAGAUACUAGUAGCAGUGAGGAAGACGAUGAACCGAUGGGUAAUGAUCGGGACGAUAUGAUAAUGAACACACCUCAAGCUAACAAGAUGGGUGGUGGGAUGAGUCCUUUUGCGGUGGGAAAUGUGUCCAGUCCGGGCAACGAUUGGAUGGGUGGUUAUUCACAGGCUGCGGCAAGCCUCAUGAGCUUUCAACGUGCUCGCUUCCGCAAAGGACGCAGCAGACACAGUUCCAGCAGUGCUAGCGGAAACAGCUCGAAACAGAGCCCUGGCCCACUCUCUCCGCCUGUGGUGAAGAGUAUUGAAAACCAGAAUGGUUACUUUGGAUCGCGUUCUAGUAUAGGUGCUCGGCGUGAAAGUUUGAGUUUGGGCACUCGUGAUCUUCGUCUCUCUGAUCUGAGUGACGAAGGAGAAAACCGCGGCAACAGCCCAAGUACCUCAAACUCUGAGGGUGGGCCCUUGGGGGUGAUUCGACGUGCUGUAACGCGCAGAGGUAACUUACUGCCGAAAACGAAGACUUUCGCGCGUAUCCGCGCUGCACUUAUGGAAGAAGCAGCCCCUAUCGAGGGUGAAGCGAAGCGGGAGGCAGAGGUCAUUCGUCAGGUCCGCGAGAGCGAGCCGGAUAUUCCGCAAAAAUCACCAAGCUUAGAUGCCUUGUCAUCAAGCAAUCCUUUCCAGCCAGCUGAUCUGGCGCGGGGCUUGGAUGAUUUGCCUGCGAAGACUGGAACCUCGGUCCCUGAUGAGCCUAGUUUCAGCGAGGAGGCCCACCGACACUCUGCUGGCGCGGAGUUCUGGGAUUCUUUUGAUGAACGCUAUCGCACUCCACCUCCGGCUCCUCUUCGACAAAUGGGAACUUCGGUCUCCGAGGAUGAUCUUUCCAUGGAUAUCACGCCAUCAACCACAAGAGGUUCCGUGUCUGAAUUUGCAAAACCCGUCGAAAGGCCAAGCUCACGUUGUUCAACGCCUCUUGCAACGCAGCCUAGCUCGAUAUUCGAGUUCAAAAGGAAACGGCGCCGUGACGACGACUUUGACCCUAAUCUCUUCAAGCGACGAGCUGUAUCCCCGAGCAUGAGUGUGCAAAGCAGCCCAGUCAUGCCUAAUUCACCCGCGGUAAGGGAGACAGGCACCAGCAUUUGGGGUCCCCCCAAAUCUAAUAUUGGCUCCCUUUUCCCUGACCGGCCAAGCACCGAAAGCAGUAAUCGGAAUCCAUCCACGACCGGGCAUGCAGGUCAUAUGAAGCGGGUCGGUUUGCAAGGGAUGACCGAAACGAACGAUGGGUUCAUGAACAUGAGUAUUGAAUGACUGAACACAGUCACAUCCAAGCGCUCUUCAGCACGGGCCGGUCUCAUUUCCUCGUGACACCACUCGUGGUCUUCGUUCAAGGUUUUUUUUUGGGGUUUUUUUUUCACAUUUCUGUGUUCAUAUUAGCGUGGAGCGGUCAUAUAUAUAUGGGAUUGGGUGUUGGAAAUGCUUUUGAUAAUUACGUAUUAAGGCGUCCAGUGGGUCCCUGUGGCAGGGUAUUA